GACGCACGCGCACUCAGUGAGGAGUUUGUGUAUUCCGGGUCACUUUAGUGAACCAAAGUUCAUCGGGACUGUCAGCUUUAUUUUAAUAUUUCAACACUGCUUUGUGCACUACUCUGCUAUUUCAGCGUUACAUACAGGGUUCACACUAUGGCACAGUCUGAUGUUCCAGUGUCUGCUGCAGCAGCUGGGAGCCUAGCCGAGGAGUUUGCUGUCCCCUCUCAUGUCGAGGAGGUCAAGAAACUGAUGUCAGAAUUUGCUGAACUACAUGAAGCUGCUGGCCGCAGGGUUGUGUUGAUCACUUCAGGCGGCACCAAGGUUCCUCUGGAGUCCAGAACGGUUCGCUUCCUUGACAAUUUCAGCAGCGGCCGGAGGGGGGCUUCUUCUGCUGAGUAUUUUCUUGACUCUGGUUAUGCUGUGAUCUUUCUACACAGACAUCGCUCUCUCUACCCUUACACGCGACUCUACACAGGGGUCAAUCUGCUGGACAGUCUGAAAUUUGAGCAAGGUGAUGAGGACAUUAGCCGUGUGUUGGUGGAUCAAAAGGAGCUUCCAAACAUUGCGACAGUGCUGAAACGUUACCAGGCCGUGAAAGCAGCAGGCUUACUACUGCCAGUGGAGUUCAACACUUUGUCAGAGUAUCUUCACCUUCUCAAAGCUGCAGCACAGGCGCUCAGUUCAAUAGGUUCCAAGGCUAUGUUUUAUUUGGCUGCGGCUGUUUCUGAUUUCUACAUCCCAGCAUCUGAAAUGCCAGAGCACAAAAUCCAGUCUUCAAAUGGGCCUCUACAGAUAAGCAUGAAGAUGGUUCCCAAGAUGCUGAGACCGCUAGUGAAGGACUGGGCUCCACAAGCUUUUGUCAUUUCAUUCAAGCUGGAAACUGAUCCGUCCAUCCUUCUGGAGCGUGCUCGUCGAGCUCUGGACACAUAUAAUCACCAGGUCGUGGUGGCUAACAUCCUGGACACACGGCACGGUUACGUAGUAGUUGUGACCAAACACACUCAGCAGGAGCUGAUUCUCACAGAUGAGGAAGUUCAGAAGAAGAUAGAAAUCGAAGAUAAAAUCGUCAGCAAUCUCUUAGCUGCACACACUCAGUUCAUAAGCCAAUGAGCUGUCUUAUGACAAGAAGCGUGUUGUUCAGUUCAUGUCAAAUGGUUAAAGCAAUGUUUUGGCCAAAAAUCCAACUGACAUUUGCUACUUUAGUUUUGCACUGGAGCUGCGAGGCUAAUGUAGCCAACAAGUAAUGGAAGCUUAUGUAUACCAAGUAGCAUUGUGCAAACUGCAUGCCUAAAUUAUAAUACAUUUGCUUCAAACAGUGGCAAGUUGUGAAGUAAUCUCAAAUAUACUUGGUUACCUGGUUUCUGACACUAAAUGAAUUAUUGUUAAUAACUUUUUAUUACUGUUAAAAAAAAAUAUACAAAUGAAAAAUUAAAUAUAGCCAGUUAUGCGUUAAUUUGUGAAAGUAAUAGGAUGUAUUCCAUUAAAAAAACAAAGAAAACCUACCAGUAUAUUUCCAUUUUUUCUUUAGGGUGGGUUUGGGGUGGUAGGAAAUCAGCUCAUCGGCUCACUAACAUCAUUAAUAUAUGAGAGACACUGUUAGAAAGUCCUAUAACUGGAGUUCAGUAGGGCUCAAAAAUAUGACCAAGUUGAAACAUUUUAUGUUGUUCUAUGUUGAGAAAUGAAUGUGUUUUUGGUAUAAAAAUGACGAUUACAAUUUUGCACAAAAGCCCUAUAGGAACCCCCUUUAUUUCAGCCUUGCUCAGGAGUGCCCUCUACUGUCUGACUAACCUAGAAGGCAUUAUUAAGUGGCAAUAGAAAUUCUCUGGUAUAAGCUUCCUUUACUUGUGAGCAAAACUAAAGAAAUAAAAUUCAGACACCUUACAUGUCCAAACAAUUACAUUUGGGGUAAGGCAGAACAAUUGUGUAUAUUUGAUUUUGGUCAACCCAAUGUUUAAGGUAUGGGUCUCAAUAGGUAGAUCAGUGCAAAUAGCCAGUUAUUACAUUCAGUGUAAUUUAGAGUAGAACUAUAAUGAACUCAUCCAUCUGAAGAGUAUCUAAUGUGAUGUACCUCUGAAAACCCUACUACAGGCGUGUCCAAUCUUACCUGCAAAGGGCCAGGUUUUUGUUCCAAACAAGAAGAGCACGCCACUCGUUUAAUCAGUCAGUCUCAGUCUGUAAACAACUGUUAAUAAGUGCUCCUGCUUUGCUGCAAUGGGAACCUGCAGCCACAACAUUCCUUUGUGGAUAAGAUUAGAUACCUCAGCCUAAAAACAUUCCCAAUCAUGUCUUUUCCAGAUAUCUAUUUUACUGAUCUGCUUUGCCAUGUCGUUGUUAGUUAUAUAACACUUAAGAUUAUGAGUGGAUUAGUGCUUGUAUGGCUCGAAAAUGCAACUCCAUUUUGUGCAGAACUGAAUUAAUUUGUCCUGAUGAAUUUUAGCAUGUCUGCAUGGCAGAUGUACUUUGUUAGACACUAUCAGCAGGGUAUAAGCUUGAGAAAUCUUGAAAUGGAAUGUAAUCAGUCACGAAGUUAAUGCUGCAUAUAAACACUCUACUGCUCUUUUAACAGGUUUAAUGGAUAUGAACUUUAUCAGCAUUGACAAACUUCAAAUAGAGUACUGAAACAUGUUUUGUGAAUACAAAACUGAUUUUAAUGGGGAAGUUUGAUGUGAGAUGGUUUACUGUAGAGAAACGUACCAGUUCUAAUGCAUUUACAGUGGUGGUCAUAGUAACCAGGGGUUGUGACGUCUACAAUGCACAUACAGCAAUUUUAUUUUCAAGUGAACCUACAGAUGUUUUCAGGAAAUUGAUAAUUAAAUGUUUAAUUGUAAAAUAGUGGUAAAUUUGAAAA